AUGCAGAGGAUUCCCGUCCGCUCAAGUACGUCCGUGUCUUGGAUCUGGUCCUGCCACCUCAGCUUCAGUAUUCUACGAAGACAACUGCGGUUGAAAGUGGUUGAGUCCGCGUGCCUGCUUAAUAUACACCGUCCAGGUCUCUGCUCCAUAAAGCAACGUCGAUAGGAUGACGGCCUUGUACAUCUGUAGUUUCGUGCUGACUGAAACACUGUGACGAUUGCGAACUGUGUUUUGAAGACAAUCGAAGGCUUGACUUGCCUUGGAAAUCCGGCGGGCGACUUUAUCGUCGAAUUUGGUGCUACGGGAGAGGCUGCUGCCCAGAUACGGCGGUUCGACUAUCGUUUCCAACAAUGUACACCGCGUGCCCCACAUCGAGGUGAACCAGGCAUGCUGACUUAUGCGUGAUUUAAUUCACAGUGGUAGUAGAUGUGCACAGCAUUUGCCGUGCACUUUCCUCCCCCCUCUGAACCUGGUGUCGAGACAGAGUGAAGAAGACCAAAGGCUGGGAACAGCCCAGGUGGAUGGCACGGUCGCGCCUGCACCUUGGCGCUCAACUCCACACUUCCUGGUCAACACAACAAAUGACCAAAUUUUUAACCAACAACAGCAAUGGGGAGGGUAACAGGAGUCCUUAUUUCCGCGACCUGUGCCGGCAAUUGGGUCGACUAUGGGAUUCAGAAUGCUGACAUUUGUUGUGGUACGCAUUCCGAUAACGCCUGCCAGAAUCUGAUAUGGCCACCGCGUUGGUCCAGCACAUCCACCAUGUUGCCCGUUUGGUGGGCACACCCACACACGCACACACACGGUGGCUGCCACCUGUACACUGCCCCGAAUCCUUCAAGGGCCUCGUGCAUAGUAUCCAGGUCCAAAAUUGACGCAGUGUUUCGCUCAUGAUAGCUAAAUGAGUCUGGGAUUUCUUGCUUAGACUAAAGUAACAUGAGCGCUUUCUUCGAUUUGUGUCUACUGAUGUGCCUUUUGCACGUCACUUGGUUCACAUAGAUGCAAAUAUGGAUUUCGCGUUCAACCCCUUUUCGCCUUCCCGCCGUAGCCUUUAUGUGAGUGUUGGCCGUUUGCGCGUCGUGUUGCUUAUCUCUGCUCUGUGCAUAGCCUUAUUUUUCUACUUCUGCUUAGCCGGCGCAUGGGGUCGAAGAAAGGCAGUGAACUUAUAAGAAGCCGGUCUUAAAUCCGGUCUGCUGACUAAAUUCAGCACUUGGAUAGUGGCUUUUGAAACAUAAAAUAAUUCCCAACAGUUCAUUAACCAUGAGGCAGGCUUCACUAGUUUAUCUUAUCUCAAAUUAUUUGACCAAUGUAUCAAAUGGCGUCUGGUAAAUCCGUACCCGUCCGGACAAACUUACCGUCUUACAGACUAGAGCUUGCGAUUACAAAAUAACACCGGGAACUGUAAGCAGUUAAAAGGCAAAAGCCCAUAUCAAAGGACAAGGAUUCAAGUGAGAAAAUAAAUUUCCCAAUUUGUUUAAAUCAAUCACUGACUCCAGUUGUGUUUCGGUUAGACUGUUGCCGUCCAUAUUGUGAUCGGCGUUGUUCCCCGGGUACCUUCACUAUCUUGAUGUUUCGCUCGCUUUAUAAAAUUUUUUUUCGGCGUUCAUUAUGCCAAAUCUCUUUUGGUCGUUCCCAUAUGGUCACCAAACUUCACUACUGAAUUUUAUCAGUAGCGAGAUCUGCACCCACGCAGUGUACUUUCCCGUACCACCGGACUUCUGGGAUAUCUUUUUCUGCUAGUGCCAUGCAGUUGUGCAUUGCCGAUUGCUAGUGAGAUUUCUCACUGAAUUCGGUCUUCUAUCCAAUCCGAAAAUGUGCUUUAGACCGGCCGGUCUAAUAAACCGAUUACCGAUCUCUCUGGAGAGAGCCCCGAACGUUUUUUGGUUAGACACCGUAACGCUGUCUGAGGGGCCAAAAAUUCCGGUAGUCACUGCAUGACCAGUAAAUAAUGUUCACUAAACUGUCACUUAAUUCGUAUAUCUAACAAACGGGGUUGCCCCGUCGUCUUAUGUUGCCUGAUGCCUGAUUUACCUAGAAAUUAGUCAUUGCAUGUCAGCGCAGCGCUAGUGCUAUCGGAAACGAAGGCUGCAGUGGCAGCGCUGUUACCGGCGUUAGGAUGACCGGCGAAAACUGCGAGACAAAGCCGUUUAACUGGAAUUACUAACUGCCAUUUCAAGCGUGCUUGCUGGAUUUUUGUACCAAUGUCUUCAUGCGUAAGUGCUCCACUUUGGCUGGACCGGGCACUCUUAUUUUACCUGCAAUGAACCCUAAUCGUGUAGCUGUUUUGUAUAAACGCCAGCCCUAUGCUUUGCAUCGCAAUGAGCCCGUACCCACACUUGAAGUUCCUAAUUCGUCAAGGAGACAGCAUAUACACGGUAUGUGUGCAGUAAAGUAUGUCCUGCUGGUGCAUUGGAUCUUCAGACCCCUGUCUUUUUUGCUACUACGUUGCCCAAAAUGCCCGACUGGGGACUCGCCUCAUCUUCCUGCAUUAGUUCAGUUCUACAACUUCCAAGCACUAAGCAUGUGGUUCUUAGCGUGACCACUGAAUUAAGGAUAGAAGUUUCUUGAUUCCGAAGACUGUCAACACGUUCUAGUAUUGGUGAUAAGCACACAACCGGUAUUUGCAACAGUUACCAGUCGACUUUUUGUUCGUGCUUUUCCAGCACGGCCCGGGUGUUUUUAGUUUAAUUGGAUUAAGUUCAACGUAAGUGUGCGUUGACUCGUUUGUAAACUGAUUGCUCUCAUGACUGUGCUCUACAGGAUACUGACGCGAUUGAAGUCCAGCAGUUUUCGUACUUGAAUCUUCCUUGUAUGCGUUCGACUGAACUGUCUUUUCAUUAUUUUCGUAGACACAAUGGACAAACCGCAAAUUAAACCCGAGUCUGGACUCACAGGACCUUCGACAAUCGUGUCGCAGUCACCAACACCAGUAACGCCGUCUGGGCGCCGAACUCGGGGCAGAGGUGGCGGUAGCCGUGGAGGCAGAACGCCUAAGCGACCUCGAACCAGCACCGGAGAGACUAUAUCAUCGAAUUCGGACGCUACGCCUCGUAGCCGCGGCCGAAAACGUGGUAGCACAACUAACGUCGGUAAGCGUGGCCGAGGUGCAGCAACCCCUGCUACGAAGGCAGGGAAGUCUGCAGUCUCUGCUGGGGAAUCCAUCACAGAUUACUUUGUCAGUGACGCCAUGCUCGAUAGCCCUCCAGAGCCGGAUCAAGAUGAAGAUGUAGCUGAGGACAGCGAGUACGCUCCCUCAGAGGACGAACGGUCUGUGCAUGCCAGCGGCGGUGUCCCACACUCAAGGAAAGGUGCAGCGUCCGGCACGAGAGGACAAAAACGACUUAAGGCCAUGCAACAAGAAACGGACGAGGAGGACGAGGAAGAGGAUGAAGACGAUGAUGACGAUGAUGAGAGCGACAGCGAUUCUGAACUUGAAAACGAUGCGGGCCUCUCCGCCGAGGUUUCGGCAUUACGCAACUCUGCAGAUAAUAGUGGUGUUGCCAACCUCUUCCAGGAUGACGAGACGGCCGCAGCUGGUGCAGCCGCCACUGGAGGCAAAGACAUCUACGAUUUCGACGCUCAGAGUAUUCUUUCAGAUAAACGGUUUAGAAAUUUGCGUCGUAAGAGUGCGCGGGCUGUCGCUAACACAACUCAAAAGACUCACAACACCCGACAGGUUCGCAGCAGUAAUGCGGCUGCCACUAGCUGGGGCUCAAACGUGUACAGCGCUUUGGCAACCUCGUUGAAGACACGCUCUGAUCUGGAUGCCUAUACAAACUUCUUGAAAUGUCCCUACCUGAAUAGUACAUUUGAUUCAAUGUUUGUUGAGAUUUGCAAACCGAGCAAUCAACAUGCUGGCCUAUUCUUUGGUCCUUCUUCAAGCUUACAGAGCCUAAUGGGCCGGGUGAACGAUCCCGAUCGAGUCGUUGAGUUACUCCACGCAUUCAUGUCCAAGCCCUAUGACAACCUCGCUAACCGGCUUGUUUGGUUUGCUCCUAUGAUACAUCAACAACCGGUUCCAAUGUCGAAUCUGGCGCUGGUUAGUCAUGAGCUAGCCUCUCUCGCACCGACUCUUGAUCCUGAUCUGCGAAUUGAACCGGCCUAUCUUUUGGAUGGUAACCUCAAUGUUUUAGUACAGACUGGCCCGCCGUUCACAGAUUUGGUUGUGUCACUCGCCCAAUACAAUGCCAUCAACAGCGCAGGAAACGUCGGUCGGUUUAUGACAGACGUAUCUCAGAUUGUUGUGUCGAACGACUUCUACGAGUAUUUGAACGACCUGGUUGCCCUACCGAUGGAAAAGAUAAUAGGUUAUGCCGAGAGAGCUGGCGGCAAUGACUCGGUCAACAUCGAUGCACUGGAUCCUCCGUGUUUACACCGACUGAUCGCCGCCGUAAAUCAUGACAGUCAACUCAUCGGCAUUGCUUUAACGGACACCUGGAGUCUUGAUCGUGUUCCGUUUUCACGGAAUCGCCGGAACAUAACCUUCUCAAAUUCUGAACGGUCUGCUAUUCCUAUUUCGGAAUUCGAUCGCGCUUCGAAAGUAAGCGCUGAUAUGUCGGUCGAACUUGACGCAUACAACGUAAUCGAGAAAGUAAUUGAGACCAUUUCAAGGAGUCAAGGGGAAGGGCAAACUGAGAGCCAUGAGCUUAAACCUGCGCCAUCGGCUCAUUUGCAGCGUAUUCAUAUGAUGGAUUGUUUCUUGCUCAAACCAAACGGUCGGAAGGACACCAUUCUUCUGGUUUGUUACGAACCUACGAGUAAUCCUCCGUUGCCUCCGAAACCUUCCGGCACAAAUGCCUUCAGAAUCUAUUCUCUCGUUGACGAAGAACGCUUUUUCUUUCUCAGGUUUGGCAUUGCAAGUGAUCUACCGGCUCUUAUGGAAGGUAUGUUCACAGCCGACCCGGAGAAACUAAUAGAACGGAAGGCAGUGGCAAUCCUGCCGGAUAAUUUGUUUGACAAUCUCAAGUCAGUCUGCUUACGAGAAGUUAUUGCUUCCAGCGGUAGUGCAAUUGUAAACUCAAUUCUUACACAAUUGGCAGUGCCAGCAACACCAUCGAACGCACAUGAUCUCUAUCAGUGUACGAAGUUUAUCCUUGUUGAUAGCCAACGCAGAGUUCCCCUUGCCAUUGUUUUUGAAGCCCCAAUCCGGCUAGCUUGGUCAACGGAAUCUACUGAGUGCUCUGUACGCUCCUCAAAUACCAGUGUACAAGAUGAGUUCAUCUCAAUUUCACCAGAGGCCUUGCGAGCAGGCGAGGAGAAGUUCAGUCCAGAGGCUAGUGAAUGCCGUCUCGUUGUAAUAAACGGGCUCAUGUACGCUCUUCAGGUUGAUGAAAAUCGGGUUGUGCAGCGCUUGGUUGAGUUGGUGCCAGCACGCUUCCAGAAUGUCGUUGCCCGCCCCGGUAGGGAAUCCGUCUCAGCACAAGCAAUCACGGGUGAUUUAAGGUCGUACUCCGCCUUCAUGCGGGUGUUCAACGAGGAGAGCUGCACUUCGUCCGUCUUUCCGGUCGUUAUCCAUCCACACUACAACCAACAGGCGAUCGCAGAAUAUAUUGCAAAUUUCUGUGAUGAGAUCGCUGACCACUUUUACACCAGUCCCGUCGCUUUCAGUCUGUACGACAUAGUUUUCCGAAUGGCUCUCAAACACACUCCCAAGAUGUUAGCGCUGCAACAUCGUGAAGCUGCCGAGGCGGCUGCAGCUGCAGCAGCAGCGGCGAACCCCCACGACCCUCCUCCGGCCCCAGUACCCCUCCCAGAGCAUUGGGGUGUUUGCUGUAUUUGCUCGAAAGAACUCCACUCGGUGUGCGGCCUGUUAGAGCACGAAUUGCGUCACGUUGGUCUGACUCGUUUCCGUUGUGAUGAGCAUGGACUCUGUUUCGUCGAUCGGCGCGCGUUGCUACAGCACAUCAAUGAGCACCCAACAGCAGCCGUCGCUUCUAAGUCUGGCCAGGAGGCGACUGGCAGUGACCAGGAGGAGGAUGACGAAGAGCCUACCAAUCGAACUGUCGUCAACGGGGAAGGCGAUCAAGUACUGCAAACAAGCCUUGCCCGUGUCUUUCAGAAGAACAUUCUCGAGGGUCGCAUGGAGGCGCCGCAAUGUGAAGUCUGUCAUGACUACUUCCCAACCGCCGAUGUCAUGGCGAUCCACAUGGAGAUCUGUGAUGGUGUCAGCUUUCGAGGUCGUAGUCCCCUCGCCCAGGCCGCACAAGGAAACGAGAGUCAGACCGAGGGGGUUGUCUGCGGUAUAUGCGGCCAGAGUGUAUCCUCAACCUCUGACAUUCAGCCACACUUUGUGGAAGCCCACCUCAGCUGUGUGAUUUGUAAGUCGAAACUCCGCACCAUCGAGGAGAUCUCCUAUCACUACAAGGUGCACAUUGAUCAGAUUGCCAACAGAACUAAUUCUCAGGACGAUACCGAACUUCUUAGUCAAGUGAUGACCUGUGAGACCUGUCUGACGUUCUAUUGUACAAAGUACAACUACUACUUCCACCAGUGGGCCGAGCAUGGUGUGGUCUACCAGCCCUCAGAGACUGAUCCCAGCGUAGUGACUCCGAUACAGGUGCGCAUCCCCCGGGUCAAGCCCGUGAACACCACCGACGAGAUAACUGAGCCCAUCCUGACAAAAAUCAAGUGUAAAUUUUGUAAUUUCCUCAGUCCCAUCUCCGGUAAACAGUAUGUCGCCCACCUCCAGUCUAUGCACGACAUAACCACCGAUAUCAAUCGUAUCUGCCGAAUUUGCGGUGAGGUCUAUGCCACAAUGGAUGAGCUCUCUGUCCAUCUACAGGAGCAGCAUGUGCCGAGCGGCGAAUUUGCCAACGCUGGAUCACAGACCGUCUUCAGCUGCGACCAAUGCUCCUUCUUCGCCUUCUCCAAGGGUAUGCUGUGUCAUGCCGCAGAAAUUCACAAUAACUUCUCACCCAUGAUGUACCACUGCCCCCAUUGUCACCAGCGCUUCGACGAUAGGCGAGUAUGGCGAAGCCAUCUGGAUAAACACACCGAGGGCUCUCUGCACACCUGUAACGAAUGCGGUAAGGAGUUCCGUUCGCGUCAGGCCCUCCUGCAUCACGUCCAAAUGAGGCACGUCGAUUGGGAUGAUGGACCGGCCACUUGUGAACACUGCGGCAUCACCUAUCCAAAGCAGUCCUCACUACGUUACCACAUUGCACGAAUGCAUAACCAGGUGAUCUCUCCCACUUUGGCUGUAAUUUUCCCGGCUUGGUUUAUUAGCGUGUUUACACAUUGCCAAUAUUGCCUAGGUUUUGGAUUACUUGCCCCAUCUGGAUCUUUCAUACGCGGUCGGCUGCAAGCGUAUACAUAUUUCACCAUGUGCCAAAUAGACUGCACACAUUCGACUAAAUUAGGCAACUUUUAAGCACUGGCGUCAAGUUUCGGUUAGACAUAGUGACCUUUUAUUCUCUUUGUCCUGAGAAGCCAAUUUUCCUGUUGUUCGUUUCAGGAAAUGGAGCAUGAAUGCCCAGUUUGUCAACAACGCUUUCGCGUGGAGACGUAUCUACGUAGGCACAUGAAGGAAACCCACAGCGGGGCCAUUCAAUGUGAAAUUUGCCAAAAAAUGUGUGCCAAUCUUCGCUGCUACUCUCAGCAUCGACAGAAACACUUCCGUACAAAAAUCUUCCAGUGCAAGGAGUGUUCGGCAACAUUCAAGAGCAAGACUGCGAUGAGGCGGCACGUGCGUGUCGAGCACAUGCAGUUGGGUCCGGAGAAGUUUGAGUGUCAAAUUUGCGGCAAGGUAAUGUCCCCUGUCUAUAUACUCGUAUUUGUGCGCAAUGUCCAUUGAGCCAGGACCUGCCCUUUCGUGGUUGGCUGCCUCUAAGACUUGUCAUCCUGCAGGUGAUUUCCAAGCAGUGUAACAAGCGUCUGUUGGGAAUCAUUUUAAGUUUUCACAAAUAGCUUUGGAUUUAAUGCGUUUUUUUAUGUCCACCAGCGUAUUUGUUGACCGAGUAGAGUGCAAAUGUUGUUGGCCACCUGUAGAAUACAGAAUCGCUACAUUCAGGCUCAUUUCAGCUCCCAACGAGCGGUCCCUAAAAAGGGCUGCUAAGGCAUUCCAGACGGCAGCCGAACUCCACUAUUGGUCACGGCUUGGUUUAGUGGGAGAGCGGCCCGCGUUGUCCUGGGUUGCCUGCGGAGUUGCAUGUCACCGUCUCCGUAGGACUUUUUGAAAGGAGGGAUAGGAGGGCGAGCAACACAACAACACCAGACACCGUAAUCUGGUUUCGUCCGUCGGUCGAGGCUGUGGUCGUUUGAAAAAUCCUCGCUUCGGGGAGUUACGGAUAAGAGUUCGUUCUUGAUUAAGGGCCGUGCGGUCACCACUCGCAUGAUACGACCUGCCACGCCCACGCAGUUUCCCCACUAACUGCAUACUCUUACACCCCAGAAUUACCCGGAUUAAAAACCAGUAUGCUACAAUUUCGUACGAUAUUUUCAGAUACACAUAGUUUAAGCGCAACUUGCCUAUUGGCGAUUUAUUUCUGUUUAAUUCCGAAAUUCAACGAGCUCUUAUCCCGGAUGAGGUAAAGUUGAAUGUCGAACACAAUGGUUGCCCAUGUAGAAUCUUGCGUCACAUGGUAGUGGCAGAAUAAGUAAGCAUCAUGAACUUCAAGUAGCCGGGAUGAAAUUAGGACUGCCUUUGCCAGCUUAAUAGCCUGCAAAGCGACUGUUUGGUUGGGAUGCCACUACUCAACGUCAUUCCCACCUUCUAAUGUUCCACCUUAGGCGGAAGUAAAAGCAAGAGGUCUCUCCGUACUUCUCGAUAGCAUGCGUGCUAUUUUCAUGAAGUUCACAAGUAUACUGUUUCGUAACGGCUGUAGUCAGGGGCAACGGGAGUGUCACCCCGCUCAUACGUACCGUACCUGGUCUUCGGGAAUAGAAGUGCGUUGAAAUUUGAUUGACUUUCGCACACGGCCGGAUGCACUGAACUAUUCUGCUGGUGACAACGUAGGAAUCGAAAAAGCCACCACAUGCAUACGUGGUUCGCCACGGUCGCACAGUCGGUUAGUAGAGGUUGUGUUUGUUUAUGGCACCGAAGUCGCAUUAUCCAGGCCUGUGUUCCUAAUAUCCCCAGUCCCUUUUUGGGUGAACUGUCUUGUUUUUGUUUCAAAGUAUAGAUUAGCCCUGUUUACAACAGAUCUGAUGAUUAUCAAUGCCCAUCAAUUCUUUUAUCAGCGAUAAACAGUGCACUUUUUCCCAUUCACUAUAUUUUCUUAUCAUCAGAUCGUAACUCAAAUUGGGAUGCACAUGCUCACCCACAAAGAUGCUCGCUUCGAAUGCGAGUAUUGUGGAAAACGGUUCACCAAGUCCGUCUACUACAACGAGCAUAUUCGCAUUCACCGUGGUGAACUGCCAUUUGAAUGCCACAUCUGCCGGAGGCGGUUUAACAAGAAGUCGAACCUCAACGUUCAUAUUAAAUUCCACGAGAAGCAUCGUGACGAAGAAGGCAACGUAAGUGUCUUUUCCUCAACGGAAUACAUCACUUUCCUCAUAGUCCGUUUUCUUUGCAACGCAGUCUGUGUUUGGAAGCCAGAUUUCUAGAUCCAGGUGCAAUCACAGGUGUUCCCGACCUGCGGUUGUAUGACUGGAUCGCGACGGCUGAUAAACCCCAAGUGACCAUUGGUCUCCAUUGUCAGUGUUAAUUUUAAAUUUCUAAUCGCGUCCGAGUUCCUAGGAUUAAAGUACGCUAUUCCCUGUCAAUAUCGGUCCUGGGGUAGUCGUCGACCCCGACCGGGAGAUCCCAAGAAAUACCCAACCUUGGGUCCAUAUAUCCUGUUUAUCCAGAAACAGCACCAAAAAUGCCCUGACAAUGUGAAGGGAUUUGGCAUUCAAUCCUCACCAUCUACUGGAACUUCAGGGCUCACAUGACACCCACCGGUUUUCCCAUCCUGCUGCGAUCGUGCUUGUCGAGUUACCUUGAAUUCGGCGCAUUUAGUGCUACCCACAUUCUUUGGACUUAAUCAGGUCCCCUGUUGUAUCUACCUCUGGCCGGCCAAACUGCCUUUGGCUUCGUCAUCCGCCCUAUCUAACUCACGUCUUUGAACCGCCACAAACGGCGAGUUUAAUUCCAGGGGCCUUAAUCAUGAAGCACUGUGCCAGGCUCGUAGCCGAUCAUGAUGUUGGAUUCCUUGUUUCCAAUCCUUCGUCGUAAACAAUAAGAAUUUUUGAUUUUGAGGUCAAUAUUUGGAGCUAGUCUGCUGCCGCUUACUACGAAAUUUCUAUUCCUCCACAUUCAAUACUCCCAAUGACCUAUAAAACUAAAGAUGGGAGGGUUGGAUACCAGUGUCGCAACACUCCGUUACUGAUGCUAGUAUUAUUGCAGUUGGUUACCCAUACUGUAAGCGUUGGUAGAGUAGCAUUGGCAGCCGUGGUGGCGGUGGUAGUAGUAGUACUAAUAGUAGGAUUAUUAGUAGUAUUCGCCGUAUCAGUGGUGGUAGACGGGGAAAAACGUUUUCUUCAGUGUUGCGACAAUGUAUUCCCGCCAGUGGUAGUAGUAUUAGUAGUAACAGCGGUAGUAGUGGUAGUAGUAGCAGUAGUAGUGGUGGUGGUACUAGUAGUAGUAUUAGUGGUAGGAGUAGUAGAAGUAGUAGUAGUAGUAGUAGUAGUAGUAGUAGUAGUCCGCCCGUAAGACAGGCUGGUGGGGGAAUAGACAAUUCUAAGUGUUGCGACACUCUAUUCCCGCCAAUAGACUUUCAGUUUGAUUGAGAUGGACAUCUACGCUGCUCAAUCCUGAUUAAAACGAAUCGCUUUUUAAGCCGCUAAUCAGCAAGCACUGUUGAAAUAAUAUACUUGACCGGAUUAACGCUCUCUCUCUCUCUCUCUCCUGAGGACGGAUGUGACAGCAGUGUGAACUAACAAAUAUGAGUUUUCCGGGAUUAGCUGCAUCCGCCUCAAACUUGAAAUCUAAGAGCACUCUUAUCCUUUUUGAUUUGCUCCUCUCCACACGGAGAGGCUACAAGUCGCUGACUAACGGCCAGACAGACGCAGGUUGCAGGGCAUUCCCACCUUCAGGUCUCCUUAAUGAACCUGCCUCUCAUGCAUGUUGCACUCAUCGCGUGAGAAUUAGCGGGUCUGUGAUCUUUCGUUAAGUCGCCGCGGCGAUCUCCCCUGGCGGAGGGCUAAUGAUGGCGGGCGGGCGAGCGGGCGGGCGGGCGGGGGAUUAUACGCUCCUCAAAUCUGUCAGCGAUGGUGAUAUUUGUGACUUACAGGACUGGGAAAUGUGCGGCUAUACUAGGACAGGAUGUAGGAGGCGCGAAGACAGUCAAAAAUGCUCUCAAAGGACGACCGCAGCAAUGUCGAAACUCUCUUUACUGGAUUGGUACAUCUUUAAACAGUCACUCAUUCACGCGUAGGGGUUAAAAAGGCGACAAAACGUAAAUAAGAGGACUUUGGAAUUCGUUUUUUUCAUACUUUACGCGUAGACAGCCAGUCAUAAGAUGCCGUAACGUCUUUUUCAACUGCGCGCGACUAUUGCCUGUUGAGAAGCAAACUGUUCAAUGGAAAAACUGCCCCGACGGUAAUCAAAUGUGAUAUGUAAAUAAAAGCAGGGAGUGUCGAUCCCUGUCCAGUCGUCCGAUCAAACCUGAGAGAACAUGAAGUGUGGUUUUACAGUUGUCGGCGUUUUGAACGGGAGGGAAUCCAGGCCAAGUACGAAGCCGAUGGAGGGAAAAUCGAUUACAUUGAUGCCAAUCAUGUUGUAGAGUAUGCUACCGAUGUUUUCGUCGUUGUUGUCACCGCUGCAUCUGCUGCUGCUGCUGCUGCUGCUGCUGAUGAUGAUGAUGAUGAUGAUGAUGAUGAUGAUGAAUACGACAUUGCUGCUAUUGGUGCUGCGGCGAUUAAUACAACAUAUUGACAGAUGUAGUAACAAUAGUUUUCGUUGGAGUCUCCAGUCAUUCCGCACGAUUACAAUCAGCUCUAAUUGACACGUCGAAGCAUAAGCAAAGAGGAAGAAGAAGAAGAAGAAGAAGAAGAAGAAGAAGAAAAAGAAGAAGAAGAAGAAGAGGAAAGUUGGUCGAGCACCGAAACAUUCUGUUUAUUGUUCUGAGCUCCCGAACUCGUGCAGGAGUCCAUCGCCAGAGAUAGCAGCAACAUCACCAGCAAUAUGGCAUUCCCCGCCAUGCAUUAAGGACUCUUUGGAAGCAAUCGAGUGGCUCGCCGCGGAACUAGGUGAAGGAGUUGUACACCGGCCCAAAGCCAUCAUGCACAGCAAGGUCAUGAAAUCAAGGACUGGUUAAAGCCUGAGGAGCAAUCUGGGAUAGUGUAAGCUCAUCCCGUGCCAAAACCGUCCUUGUAACUACAUAGGCCAGACUGGACGCAUGCGCGGAUCGCGCAUACACGAACACAAACUGACUGUGCGACGAAGCGACAAAUUAUUACAAGUAGCAGGUCCCCUGUUGUAUCUACCUCUGGCCGGCCAAACUGCCUUUGGCUUCGUCAUCCGCCCUAUCUAACUCACGUCUUUGAACCGCCACAAACGGCGAGUUUAAUUCCAGGGGCCUUAAUCAUGAAGCACUGUGCCAGGCUCGUAGCCGAUCAUGAUGUUGGAUUCCUUGUUUCCAAUCCUUCGUCGUAAACAAUAAGAAUUUUUGAUUUUGAGGUCAAUAUUUGGAGCUAGUCUGCUGCCGCUUACUACGAAAUUUCUAUUCCUCCACAUUCAAUACUCCCAAUGACCUAUAAAACUAAAGAUGGGAGGGUUGGAUACCAGUGUCGCAACACUCCGUUACUGAUGCUAGUAUUAUUGCAGUUGGUUACCCAUACUGUAAGCGUUGGUAGAGUAGCAUUGGCAGCCGUGGUGGCGGUGGUAGUAGUAGUACUAAUAGUAGGAUUAUUAGUAGUAUUCGCCGUAUCAGUGGUGGUAGACGGGGGAAAAAGUUUUCUUCAGUGUUGCGACACUGUAUUCCCGCUAGUGGUAGUAGUAUUAGUAGUAACAGCGGUUCUAGUGGUAGUAGUAGCAGUAGUAGUGGUGGUGGUAGUAGUAGUAGAAGUAGUAGUAGUCCGCCCGUAAGACAGGCUGGUGGGGGAAUAGACAAUUCUAAGUGUUGCGACACUGUAUUCCCGCCGAUGGGAGUGCGUGGUAUCCACAUAGAUCCAGACAGGGACAUGGUCAUUCAACUCCUUGCACUGAAUCAGUCGUACGAAUAGAACCUCCACCAUGGGGAAAAGCAUAAGAUCUGGCCACAAUGGACUUGCGGUGAAUCUGUGGAUGGUUACAUUUUGAUUUGCAGCGAGCACCGUUUACCGGUAUUUUUAGCCAGUAACAUUGCGAGACUGGCAAGGGAAAGAUUUUAAGCAUCAUAAAAGUACCUAAGAAAAUGCCCUGCAGCCUUAGUAUUCAUAGUACACGUCAAAAAUACUGACGAAACGGCUUUUCAUACCUCCUUUUGCUCUUCGUUUCAUUAGUAUCUCGAAUUGAAGGCGCGCGGUCGUGUAAGCAUAAUGUUUGGCGACGCCUCAUUGACGCCGGAGGAGCGUGCUGCCAAGGAGGCCGCCAUGCGUCUGCGUGGGAACAAGGUCAAGGUCUCAGUAGCCUGCGGUUCCGACUACCCUGGUGCAUUCAAUAUUGGCGGGCCAGCGGGCGCUGCCGCCGACGCCUGUGCUGCCGUCGUGCCGGUAGUGGCCUAUCUGGAUGCAGAUGCUGGACCCAAUACCGCUGGCCAUUUCGGCGGACAGUCUGCUCUACUGGGUCGGAAUCUGACGACGACGACGCCGCAGUCCUUCACCAAUGGAGCCCGUGUUCCGUUGUCCCGCACGACCCGCCCGGUGCCCUCCCAUGUUUGGGAGACAGAAACCAAACAAGUUCGUUUGCAGUGAGAGACAGAGAGCUAACUAGGUGAGUGCUGUGGAUGUAGGAAGUUCUGUCAUUGGGUCCUCAUUGCGAAAUUGACAACAUUAUUAUUACCAAACUAGUUUGCCCAGAAACUCGGGUGUGUUUCCCUGCCACAGUUCGUUUCACCCCGACUGGAUGCUAACAAGUAAGGCCCUGUUUUUCUGUUCAGUCUGGCAGAAUUUUCGACUGCGCAUACUUUGUAAGGUUUUGUGCACAGUCUUUGCACACCCCUUGCUACGUAUCUGCAAAACGUACUGUUGAAACGCUCCCUGGCGCUUCUCUGUCUGUUCUGUUAGUAGUUUGGUUUCUUCUCUGGCUGGUCUGCAUGAGGCGCACAAGGCGUAGUCACUAAGGAAUUGGUAGUCGCUCAAAACGUCUACCUGCACGAGACGCCCAUUGUGCUCUGAUCUCAUCUUACAGUGAAAAGCUACGGGAACCGACGCCGUUAUUAUGGUGCGGUAGUUACUUACGCAUUCAGUGUUUCCUAAUGACGGAAACUUGCGCGCAAUUUUUCAAGAUGACUUGGAGUUGGUAUGGGAACUGCGUCACACGUAUGUGCUGAUACAUGAACUAGACUUCAAGGUGUCGGGAGGGGGAGGUGUUUUUGACUUUAUACGAUUGACAGUGUCAUACAGGGCACAUUGAAGUUUUAGAUUUAGCCAUCUGAUCCCUCAGUCCAGAGGGCGGAGGACAGUUAUCCCGUCAAGACACGACUGUUAGCGUUGGCCUCGGUCUCUUCCCAUCCCUAUCCUGUACCGGUAACAGGCUAGAGUCCACUGGGCUGAAAACGAGAUUGGACACAGUAGCUGAAGUGACUACCGUCUACCAUAGACAAUACACCUUUUUGGCGCGCCUUUAGGUCCAACAAGACUCAGUCCAUUUGGGUGCUGGACUGGGCGCACAAUACACGAAACUCUCCUGGGCGAAUUGGUUGCAUCGACUGACGGACGAAGCCAGGCAAUAUAACCACGUAUCUAACAACAGCUGUAGGAGAGAGCGCAAUCAGGUCGCACUCAGAUGUGGCUUUAUCUCAGUCCUGUCACCGUCAAUCGCUUUUACGCAGUCUUGUCAGUGGUUCCCAAGGAGUGGGUUGAUGGCCUUCUUCAUUAAUAUAGAUCCAAGCACAAGUCACUACUCUGGGAUGAAGGGUAGCCGUUGUGUUCGACAGGCAAUCUAUGUUCCCUUUCCCCCAUGUGAUAGCCAGUUGCAGUUUUUGCGUUACCGUUACAGUUGGCGAUUGAUUUAGAGCUCUUAACUGCCAAGAAUUACGUCUUGUCGCCUUCAGUAUGUCUUGCUGUUCUUUUUCAGGUCUACCUGCUGCUCUCAGUGCGUGUAUUCCUCCCAUCUCGACAUAAUCGAAGUUGUUGAAAAUUUUCGACCUUAA